AGAACGGUUGCGAAGCCUGCGAGAGGAAAGCACCGCGGCGGCGGUCGCAGCUGAGGCGGCGGAGGCUGCAGCAGCAGCCGCUAGGGCCUCCACGGCCGCAGCAGCAGCGGCAGCAGCAGCAGCUGCUGCUGGAGGGACCAGUAUGGCAGGUGGAGCUGUGAUGGCUGCGGACGCUGCUGCAGCCUUGGCGGGUGCAGGCGCGGCAAUAACAGCAGCAGGUGCACCGCUGGGAACGUUAGGAUACUGCCAGGGGGUCGCUCCUGAUGCCGCAGGACCACUGGGAGCGGGACCGGAAGCAGCUGCCGGAGGUGCUGCGGGUUACUACGGCUAUGGUAGCAGCAGCGGCAGCUAUAACACCUACAACAACAACAACUUCGGAGGCUACGGAGGCGGUUAUUAUGGCGGCUAUGGUUACGGUGGCGGCCGUGGCCGAGGCGGCGGCAGGGGCGGCGGUCGUGGCGGCUACCAGCACGGGGGUGGAUACGGCCCUGCGCGUGUGGAUGCUCGCGUGCUGUUCAGCCGCAUCCUGUGUCGCGAGCACUGCGCUCCGGACCCUGGCUGGCGGCAGCGGCCCGACGGGCGCGAGUGGGACACGGUGAAGCCCCUGGCGGCGCAUGGCCUGCCGCUGGGGCGGUGCCUGCUGGUGGAUAACGAGGCGAGGAAGAGCGCUCCAGGCGAGGAGUCCAGCCUGCUGUCGCUGCCCACCUGGGAGGCCGCUGCGGACCAGGGGGUGGGCGUGUGGCUGAGCCUGGUGGCGGAGCUGCUAGCGCUGCCGCAGGGCCCUGACCUGGACCUGCGGCAGCACAGCGCCGCCAUUUCGGCGCGGCUGCAUGCGAUGCACGUCCCCAGGGCCAUCCUACCGCCGGCGGUGCAGGAGCCGCCUCCUCAACAACAGGGGUUGCUACAGCAACCGCAGUCGCCCCAGCAGCCUUGCACGCAAGAGCGGGGGCUGGAGGCGGCCGUACAGCCGCAGGCACUGCAGCAGCCACCGCAGCAGCACUUGGCAUUCGAGCAGCAGCAGCAACAGCACUUGUCAAGGAAGCAGAAAAAUGCAGCAGCAACGGCCGCUGCUGCUGAGACUGAGACGUCUGGUGCUGGCAUCACAUCGGGCUCUGCAGCAGCAGCAGCUGCCGCUGCUGCUGCCAGUCCUGGGGCCCCGGGUCUUGGAGCGGACGGCCGGCCACUGUGGGUCACAACAAUCAGCGCUAAAGCUGCAUCCAUAGUGGCUGCUAAUGCAGCCGUGGGGAACGCCGGUGGUGCUGCCGCUGCUGCUGUUGGCGAUGACGGUGGCGGCGAUGUGCCGGCAGCUAAGAGGGCCCGACGUGAGUCGCAGUCGCAGCAACCACGGCUCCAGGCCUCGCUACAGCGAUCCGAGCUAGAAGCUGCCAUCAUGCAGCUUUGCGCGGAGUAUGCUGCCAGUCCGGCCAUAGGCAGCGGCAAAGGCAGAGGGGGUGCUGAAUUCGCCAAAAGCCGCAAGGAGCUGAAGGCCCUGCAGCAGUCGUGGCUGCAGAAGCCAGAGGACCCGCGGAUGUCGCUGGUGUUGGCAUGUUGCGCCCUGGCAGCGGACGUGGUGACCCGUGGGUCGGCGGGGCGCGAGGAGCUGGCCUCAUUGAUAGUCGGUCGCUGGAACAAGCACGGCGGCUUGGGCGUGUGCAAGCUCAACGGAGCCCUGGCGGCUCAGGCGAUCGACGCCUGCCUGCGGGCCGGCAUGAUCCAGCCCGCCCCCCGACCCGGGCCGCACUUCGCGCCCAGGUACUCCGUAGACCCAGCCGCGGCUGCUGCGACCAGGAGCCCGCAGGACUCCUUCCCGCGAGCCCUCAAGCUGCUUCUGGACGCCGAUCCGGCUGCUGCGGCGGCCUCCACAGCCGCCGCAUUGGCUGGUCCUGCACCUCCCC